AUGGCCCAAGCAGCCUGGCUGCCGUUGUCGGCAAGCGCCGAACGCCGAUCAGAAUUUGACAUCCUCAAGUCCGCCUCCCUCCACAGAUCACGCGACAGGAGCAUGUCCCUCGACUUCCCCCCCAGUGCUCCCCAGCACUCCCUCUACUCUCCGCAGGACCUCGACCAUCCCUUUUCCUCCCUCUCCAACGGCGACCUCCCCGCCCCUUCCCACCAGCACCAGUCCUCACAUCUUCCCCUCAACGGCCAUGUCCUCGACCGCAGCGACCCUAUGGACGUCGCCGAUCACGGCUCCUACGACAUCUUCUCCAACUCCGCCCAGUCCUCCGUCCCCAACCAGCGCUACCGCGGAAGCACCUCUUCCAACUCCUCCAUGCCGUCCUCCUACGGACUCGGCGUCGACAACAUGUACUCCCAGAGUCCCUUCUCCGAGUCUCUUCCCCAGUUCCAUAACCCCAGUCCGAAUCAGUAUGACUUGAUGGGCAGCGGAGGUCUGCCUUCAUCAUACAGUAGCGGCAAACCGUCCCCUCUGACGCCCAAUGAUUCCGUAGGCUCCCUACACCAUUCGUCUGCCUUCCCGUACAACAACGGACAGACAAAGGACUUCAACAACAAUCACGACUUCCCCAAUGUCCUCGAUCGCCGCAUGUCCUAUCCCUCCGACUACAACGACGAUUACAACGGCAUGAACUCUGGGAUUGGCCUCGGCUCCUUUGCUUCCCCCCUGCCCCCCUUCCAACCAGACCGUCUAGGUCGGAUGCAGCCUGAUUCUCGCUACCCCCCUUCCGUUAUCCCUCCGCUAUCUCAUCCGUCCCAUCUUCACCAAAACCAUCCCCCGGAUCUCGUGCAUGGCGUGAAUCCGAUGGAUUUCUCCCCCCGGUCCGGAGAGAUGUACUCUAUGGCGCCCAACCCUCUUAUGGAUUUCUCGAGGAUGUCCGGCCUCGACGAGUCCAUCUCUCGGGUGCGCCUUAACGGCUCGGGCGCCGCGACCGACCUCCAGACAUUUAUUCGUCCGUAUCUGGACCAGUAUGUCCGAACGCCGAACCGUCUCGCGUUCGGCGAGCGCACAGUCAUCGUCAUGUCCAGCAAAGUCGCCCAAAAGUCUUACGGCACGGAAAAGCGGUGCGUGAUCCAGGUAUUGUUCUCGCCGACGAAGCCGAGGAUCCUGAACUCUGGCUGGUUGGCUUGUUUGACGCGCUUUAGCUUCCUGUGUCCACCGCCGACUGCGAUCAUGAUUGGUAACUCGUGGUGGUCGGACGUCACGCGUCGGGGUGAAGAGCCCAAGCUCGCCCCGCCACGCGUCGUUGUCUCCAUCUCCGGGGAGCCGGCGCCACAGGAGGGCUCGAUCGAGUGGACGAGCGCGACAGGCAAGGCGUUUGACAUAUCUGACCCUCCGACCGGAACAACGUACAUCGGUCGCUGCGUCGGCAAGCAGCUCUUCAUCUCGGACGUCGACGAGAAGAAGAAAAAGGUCGAGGCCCUCGUGAAGAUCAUGGCCCCGUCGUCAGACGACGAGCCCGAGCGGGUCAUCGGCACGUUCCCCAGCCGCCCCAUCAAGGUGAUCAGCAAGCCGAGCAAGAAGAGGCAGAGCGCGAAGAACCUCGAAUUGUGCAUCAAUCAUGGUUCAACAAUCUCCCUAUUCCACCGUCUGCGGUCACAAACCGUGUCGACCAAGUAUCUUUGCGUCUCCGGUUCGGGCUCAUCGUUCAAGGGAUCCGACGGGGCCCCUCUCAUGGGCCUCGAUCAGCGCUCACGAUCGCAGACGCCGUCCUUCAUCGCCCGCACGGCGAGUUGGGAUCCGUUCAUUAUGUACAUCGUGGACGUCAACAAGCCCGCCGGCGGUGUCGACUCCCCUCCGCCACCACCUCCGCAACCGGAGUACCCUUCUCCCCCUCCGAAUGCGAUUCCGUUCACCAACAACGGGUCGCAGAUCCCCGUCUACUACAACCAGACUGUUGUGCUCCAGUGUCUGACCUCCGGGGUGGUUAGCCCCGUACUGAUCAUCCGCAAGGUCGACCACCAGACGACGGUCGUUGGCGGGGGCCUGCAGGAAGGCGCCAAGGGCAUCGCUGAUCACUACUGCGCGCCCGGCGAGGUUUGCGGGGACCCCGUUUCGCAGCUGCAUAAGAUCGCGUUUGAGGUCUACGAUCCCGCCAAGGGUGCGCCCGAGGGAGCAACGACCGGCAUCAGUGGCGCGUUCCUGUCGUGCCAGGGGGAGAAGGUGAACACCUUCCGGCCGCUCGAAGGCCGGCAGUGGAGGAACCCGCCCGCGUCUCGCGAGAGCGACUCGCCCGACGCGAUGCCUGCGUCCCCUAUGGCGACUACCCCGACGUCGAGCACGGGCACCGGCGACUAUUUCGGCUCGAGCACUAACGGCAGCAGCGCGCCCACGUCGCCGGACCCAUCAGAGUUCCCGUCCAAUGACGGCGGCCGCGUCAAGAAGGGCAAGCGCGGAUCUGGAUCUUCGAGCGGAAGCAGCCUGUCCAUGUCGAAGCCUGUCUCCCAGAAGGGACGCAGGCGUCCGACGUCGGCCGGCUCCGCGGGCUCGGGAAGCAGGCGCGGCUCGGGCGGCGACUCUGGCGCGUCCUCGGGUGCGCUCUGGCAGGUCGACAUCGGGGAGACGAGCGUGUGGACGAUCGUCGGCACUGACCAGGUGCGGUACAACUUCUACGUGCCGCCCGUGCUGUACGACAGCCAGAACUCGCCGAGCGGGUCGUUCCCGAUCCCGUCGAAGCCCGUCACGCCGUUCCCGGGCGUGGUGAAGUACCUGCCGCCGGACCGCGCGUCGGAGGCCCCGAAGGCGAACUGCGCGGCGUCGCGCGCGGUGCUGGCGAAGCCGAACCCGCACGCGUCGAAGAUGCUCACGCUGUACGGCGAGAACUUCUCCAAGACGGACCCGGUGACGGUGUUCUUUGGCUCGGAGCCGUCGCCGUACGUCGAGGUGCGGUGCACGGAGGUGCUCGGGUGCCUGCCCCCCGACUCGGGCACCACGAAGCGCAGGCCGAUCAUCCUCGUCCGCCCUGACGGGGUCGUGUUCCCGUCGAGCACGUACUACCCCUGAUGAUGCAGGGACUGGGGGGUUUGAAGUUGAUGGCCGUCGUUGGUGUAGCCUGUUGCUGCCGGGGUCGUUCGUCGCUCGCGCUGGGUCGGUGCUCUCGUACACUGGUGGUGAUCGGUUUACUUUUAGUGGCGUUCCUCUCCUCUUCCUCGUCGUCGUCGUGUCUGGUACUAUUGUUGAUUGGCCCGCGUGUUUCCCAUUGAGAGGAACGUCGCGUCAAACAUGUCGGAACCUUGUCUACUCCUCCCCCCACUCGUCCCAUUUGUUACCAUCUAUCACCAUCUACAAUUUUUGAGUUGCUCGCAUCUGUCCGUCCGUCGUUGCUUUUCGUCCGCCCGCUAUCUCCCCGUGUUUGUGUUUUUUUCGCGCAUUAGACUUACUCGC